GGAACAGCCAAUAGAAAGCCCAAGUUGUCAGGAGGCCUUGGCCUAUCAACCAAUGGAAAGGAAGCAGCAAGAGUGUUGGAGCAGCGAGAGCCAGGACCGGUUUACUGGAAUUGCAGCGGCGAUCUGGGGUCCUAGUACACUGCAAUCAUGUCUAUUAUGUCCUAUAACGGAGGGGCCGUCAUGGCCAUGAAGGGGAAGAAUUGUGUGGCCAUCGCUGCAGACAGGCGCUUCGGGAUCCAGGCGCAGAUGGUGACCACGGACUUCCAGAAGAUCUUUCCUAUGGGUGACCGGCUGUACAUUGGCCUGGCGGGGCUCGCCACAGACGUCCAGACAGUUGCCCAGCGUCUCAAGUUCCGGCUGAACCUGUAUGAGUUGAAGGAAGGUCGGCAGAUUAAGCCUUAUACCCUCAUGAGCAUGGUUGCCAACCUCUUGUAUGAGAAACGGUUUGGCCCCUACUACACAGAGCCAGUUAUUGCUGGGUUGGACCCGAAGACCUUUAAGCCCUUCAUUUGCUCUCUAGACCUCAUUGGCUGCCCCAUGGUGACCGACGACUUUGUAGUUAGUGGUACCUGCGCUGAACAAAUGUAUGGGAUGUGCGAGUCCCUCUGGGAGCCCAACAUGGAUCCAGAACACCUGUUUGAAACCAUCUCCCAAGCCAUGCUGAACGCUGUGGACCGGGAUGCAGUGUCAGGCAUGGGAGUCAUUGUCCACAUUAUUGAGAAGGACAAGAUCACCACCAGGACACUGAAGGCCCGAAUGGACUGACCCUGUUCACAGAAUCUGGUUUUUCUUUUUCUUUCUUUCCUUUUUUUUUUUUAAAUAAAAUAGCCUUUCUUUCACUACUUCUUGUUUUUGGCGC